AUGUCCGAUACUGCAAUGCUCCAUCGUCUCCCAGAGACAACAACUCCCAGAUCUAUGAAAUCGGUCCCAACAGAUUCUACAUGGUCGAUUGUACGUAAUUCCUGCUCCUUGUUAAAUUCUUAUCUUAUUGUACACGUAAAGAAAAUGUCAUAUGAAUGGUUGAAUCCUCCCAAAACGUGGCAUGUAGAUGAUAACACAAAAACAAUUACUGUACAAACAGAUGAGAAAACGGAUUUUUGGAGAAAGACACACUAUGGAUUUAUUCGAGACAAUGGUCAUUUCUAUUCAAAGACAAUGACCGGUAAUUUCACGUGUGAAGUGCUCGUCCGCGGUGAAUAUCGUGAUUUAUAUGAUCAAGCCGGUAUAAUGGUUCGAUUAGAUGAAGAAAAUUGGCUUAAAUGUGGUAUCGAAUUUGUCGAUUCGAAACAGUAUGCAAGUGUUGUUGUAACGAGAGACGGUUUUUCCGAUUGGUCAAUUAUCCCAAUGAAGGAUAAUUUAACUGCAUUGUGGUUGCGUGUUAAACGGUCAAAAGAAGCACUUCACAUUGAAUAUGAUG